ACAUCCGCUCCCUGACUGUUGCUGUUAUGACAACGAACUUUAAAAGUUGGAUGAAUGGCUCCGCAGAAGCAGAAGCAGCAGCGGCGGCUUUCCUCCGCUAAAGUGCCGCAGAAGUGUCUGAAGUGCUCCGUGACGCUGACCGUCCAGGCAGUCACAUGCCCCGGAGUGCUCCUCUCCAAGAAGAACCAGAUCUACCUGAGCGUGUGCAUCAUGGGCCAGUACAGGAAGACGCCCUGUUUGCCGCCGGUCUUCCCCUUACGCUUUCUGCACAAAAUGGUUUUUGUCAAGACUUUCCCCGGCGUUGUUGACCCUGCUGAUGUAGCUGACCUCCUCGAAGCUGACACGACAUCUUUUGAGCUGAUUCAGUUGGUGCCUCCAGAAGGUGAGAUCUUAGCCACAAUGACGGAAAGCAGCAGAGACUUCCUGUAUCCUGGUCCCAGAUUGAGCUCCAGAGAAGGAGCCGCGGAGAGAGAGAUGCUGAUGAAAAGAUCCUCCUCCUUUCCUGGAAUCUCCCCCAAAGUGGAGUUUACCACCACAUCAGUCAUCGAGGAGAGCGAUGGAGGAGACAGCCGGACCGCCUCACCUACCUGCCGUCUUUCUCCGGUGAGGCCGUCCUCAACCCCAGCGAAGCAGCCUUCCAGCGGGCAUUUGUCCAGAACAGAUAAUGGGAACCGUGCCUCUGUGAAUGUUGGGAAGGGAAAGCUAAAUGUUAAGACUGCAACUGCAAACUCUGCACCGCCGUCGACAUCCAGACGCUGUCCUCUUUCAUCCUCGUCUGGCAGCGGCCCUCAAAAAAACAAGAAGGACAGAAAACAAGCUGUGGCCAGAGUUUGCGAGGACUCUGGCUACCAGCAGCCCACCGUUUCCUCCAGGACGAGAGCCCUGUCCCCUUACACCCACCGCAAGAUGUGCCAGCUUUCUGAGGACGCCAGGCAGAGGCUCCACCACCUCCAGCUGGGGCCUCACCACUUCAGGAAGGAGACCGAGAGCCAGCCGCCCUUCCUGGUCUCUCGCUGCAGUAACGUCUCUUGGAUGGAAACACCUUCGUCCUCGGCAUUACAUGGGAGUUUACAUCGACGCUCUGUUAGCUUCUCUGCUGAUCAUACAGAUUCGUCCCUCCUCGGGAGUUACAGACCAAGAGCAGCCAAAGUGGAAUCGGGUUCUGUGAAGGUCCAGUCGCCUCUGGAGACGUCGUCUAAACACCAACCCCAGAUCAAAAGCCCCGCGAGGGGUUCUGCCUCGGCUCAGUCCAGCCGGGCUCCGUCACACUCCAGAAGUCCUCUGAAUGUCAGCAGCUAUUCCCUCAGAGAAAGAUUUCAGACCAGUCAGCCCAGUCCGUCCUACUGGGAGCAGAUCCACAGCCGAGUCCAGAAGAUGCUGCAGACGCACAAAACCAGCUUGGACCACCAAGUGUGCUUUGACCUUUAACCUGCUGCUCUGACCAGAACGUGACCAAAUGACUGAAGGUUUCCCCGUUAAACCAGCUGCACCAGUAGCUCCUGUACCUGCAGUAUUUUGUUGAAAAGCGUCUCACAAACAGACGUUAACACGCCUUAACCUCCAGAUUUCAUCGCUCUGUGAGCAGAACCGACUCACACAUGUAUCUUAAUUUAUCUCUCUUUCAUGUUCAUGUAA